AUGGAAAAUGCUCUUUUCCUUAGCAAUGAUAAUCAGCGCCAUUUACUUGAGAUGAAAGGAAGUUUUGAUGGUCAACGAGCUCCCCGUGUUUCAUUACUGAGGAACUCUUCACCAUCCAAUUCCAAAGAUGAAAAGGUGGGCUGUAUUCCUUACGAGGGCAACCAUUUCGAAGGCCUUUCUGGCUUAGGUUUAACUUCUCAGGAAAGUUUUACCCAGCUCGACGUGAUCAGAUCGAGCGCAGGACCCACUCAAUGUUCCGCUGAUUCCCUGUUGCUUAAGCUGAGAGCCGAAUCCUCCAAAUCAGGAAUGUGUGGCAGGACAUCAAGGAAAUCUGAUAGGAUGGUCCGCACGAGUGGUAAUUCAGGAAUGGACGGUCAGGAUCCUUUUGUGUUUGACGAGGAUGACUGUGAGCCCUCAAAGUGGGACGUAAUGUCGGGAAGCUCGAAUAAGCCGUUGUCCCAAGGUAACAGGCAAAGUGCGAGUCGAUUUGGAUUUGAGAGUCACCCUGUUCUUGUGGCCAGCCAGCAAGAAUCGAAUGAUGUAGGAUAUCGUCAUUCGCAGGAGGCUUCUUGUUCUUCGGCUGUUGACGAUGAUAAUAAGUCUAAUCUCCUGGCGGAUUGUCUACUCACGGCUGUCAAGGUUCUUAUGAACUUGACGAACGACAACCCUGACGGCUGUCGACAAAUUGCCACCUGUGGGGGAUUAGAAAUAUUGUCUUCUCUGAUUGCUGGUCAUUUUUCAUCAUUUAGAACUUGUUUGCCGCAUUCUGAUGAUGCUAGGGACAAUAUCUCAUCAUCUAAAUCGAGUCCUAAGAGCAGUACGCCUCUCACUGACCGAGAGCUAGAUUUCAUCGUUGCUCUUUUGGGUUUGCUUGUGAAUUUGGUGGAGAAAGAUAGUCGGAACAGAUCUCGGCUUACAGCGGCUACUGUUUCAUUACCAAACCCGGAAGGUUCGGCCUCGAAAGAUCAAAGUGAUAUUAUUUCUCUACUGUGCUCAAUCUUCUUGGCUAAUCAAAGCAACACUGAUGCCACCAGAGAGGAGACAUAUUUGUCUUGGAACAAGAAGAGGACUGCCAAAGCUGCUGGACCAGUGAAUAUUGCUUAUUCUGGUCUUUCUCAAUGGUGGAUUGCACCAUCUUCAACCUUGGCCGCUGUUCUGAAUCUCGUGAGAAAUCCCGCGCCCAGGCCCGAUUGGCGGAGGAAACGGGCUGUUCGAUCCACCGCUGAGAUGAACGACCCAACGCACGUUUAUCACUGGUACUCAGCUGUCGCAGCUGUCGACCGCUGCGACGGCGUCUUCCAUGUGGCCGCGGCGGUGGACUUCGAGGAGAGAGAGAGCGAGGAGGUGAAGGCCCGGCGCGUCACCAUCGGGACCCGGGCCAUUCUGCAGGCGUACGGCGCCGUUAAUUCUUCAGCUCGAUCUCGCGCCCCCGCCGCCGUUUGGCCGACGGGGAUUUGCUGA